AUGUCAGAAGACAGAAUGGAAAAUUCAAUCAAGGCUUUACAAGCCUCAAUCCAGGCAAUAAAGGCUAAAAUGGAUACUAACCACGAAGUGAUUAACAAAAAGCUGGAUACUAACUACGAAGUAAGUAACAAAAAAUUGGAUAUUCAACAAGAAGAGGAUAUCAGAUAUCGGGCUCAGAUUCAGCAGAGCUUAGACCUCUUGAAUUCAAAGAACAACGAUUUAGCAAAUAAAUUGCUGGAACUAAAAACAAAGGAUAAUGAAGAAAGAAAGGAUCUAAAAGAAGCAUCAAUUAAGUUUAACAAGUUCCAACUGGACAAAGAUAAACUUAAAAUGGAAACUAAGGAACCCAGAGUAGAAUUGAAACUAGAAAGAAAACAACUAGAAGCGUUUAUCGAUCUGGAAGAGCAAGCUUCAAAAUCCAAGUUAAAACAAGAGGAAAAGGAAAAGGAAGAGGAAUUAGAAGACCUUAGAGUGGGAGUUACUACCGAAUUGUCAUUAUAUCUGCAAGAAUUGAAACUAAAAAUAAUUAAUGAAGUGGGAAAAUUGAUUGCACAACAGGAAACCCAAGUCAGAGGAGAAUUGCUAUUGAUGAACAACAACAAAAGGAAAAAUUGUUAUUAA